AUGCGUGUGACUUUGUGGACCCUGGUGUUGGUGGCCCUUUUCAGGACUGCCGAGGCAUACCACGCCCUCAUCGAGAGCAUGAUCAGUUUCGGUGUGCCCAAGCUCUUGAUCCUGAUGUGGAACAGGGAAAUCCCCAUCACGCCCAAGUACGACUGCCUGGACUUGUUCUCUGGCGCCGGCUUGGUCAAGGAAUCCUUAUGCAAGCUGGGCUAUGCCGUCUCCUCCCACGAUAUCGAGAAACACCCAUCUAUGGACAUCAACAGCUCAGCCGGCUUUGCGUGGCUCAUUUUGGCGAGCUUCCUCAGUUUGAAGCGUGAUGGGCCAAGGUGGGUCGUUCAGGUUCGCGAUGCUCCAGCCGGUGUGCUCGACGUGGGUGUGGAUGAACCGCCACACCUCGCAGAGAAGCACCUCUUCGGCAAUUGA